AGCAAUUUCACUUCGACUACCCUCAUCAUGGCCUUGCCCAUCACCGUUUGCUGUCUUCAACAUAACCAUGCCUCAAGACGAUUCCAAUACAGUCCAGUCUAAGCGCCUGCGUGGCAAGUAUGUUUCGCAAGCUUGUGUCCAGUGUCGCCAGCGCAAGCUGAAGUGCUCUGGGGCAUUUCCUUGCCAGCGCUGUACCUUGAGAGGUCAGCCGUGUCAUUUUGGCCACAACGCAGGAGGAAAUGUGACCAUCGAGCAACCCACGGGCAAUCAGAUCUUACGCUCGACGCGCCAAUCACCCUCACCUGCUCUUCAAUUACAACGGUCGUCCUCGAGCUCCGUGGAAGCCCGACUGGGCAGACUAGAAGCAAAGCUCGAUGCUCUUCUCUCUGCAAGGGGCGACGACACUUUCCGGUCGAAUGCUUCAUCCGAGGCUCCUCCAGAAGCAACUGAGGAUUUUCAAGGUGAUACUACCUUCGAGGCGCCUUUGUCGGCAUUGAAUGCAAAUCUGGAGUCAGUUAAGGCCCAGCUUGGUCUCCAGGACUCAACACGGACCGCCCGGCUUUCAGUUUCGAGCCAACACGAGUCGCAAGACCAACAGAUCACAUCUCCUUCCAUUGCUUUAAGCGAGCCAGUACGCGGACUUCGAGUCGGGUCACGGUUCCUUCCAUUUCCCAGCCCUCGGGAUUACAGCGAAUAUAUCGACUUCUUCUUUGAGGACAUCAAUCCGUGUCACUCCUGCGUCAACGAGGCGGCCUUCAGACAAAGCAAUAAAAAGCUCAGACGAUGUAUCUUUGCCCGCGGUGACGAUAUCUGCUUCUUAGCCUUGAACUAUAUCAUAUUCGCCUGUGCAGAUAUCCUCCGCAAUGUCGAACCGGUGCAACAACCACUACCGUGUCCUGGGUGGAACUGGUUUCUAGCAGCAGAUAGCUUGCUAGGCAAGCGUAAACUGAGUGGGCAGGCGGAUUUAUGUCUCAUACAGUUUCUGAUCUAUGAGGCGUUCUAUUUAAUGCAUGCCGACAAGUCAAGUGCAGCCUACAAUGCCAUUGGCAUCGCCUGUAGGCUCUCUUUCCAAUUUGGUCUCCACAAUCAGCCUCGUUGGGAUCAACGUUGUGACCCUUUCUCCAUUCACAUGCGCCAACGUGUCUUCUGGACCGUGUACUUUGUGGAUAGGCGCAUCGCCCUAAGCUGUGGUCGACCAUAUGGUAUCAGAGAUUCAGACAUCCGCGUGGAGAAGCCUGCCUGGCUUCACGACAAGGCACUCAGCCCAGGUCACCCGCUACCGCCUUCAGAUCCCGACAGGUCGGCCAUUAUGUACCUCAUCUGCAUGGCUGAGUUUGGGAAGCUUGCUGGUGACGUUUGGGACACCAUGUUUGCAGCUAACGGCGACACAUUCAGUACUGAGGCUGUUGCUAUUCUUGAUGCAAAGAUCAGGCAUUGGCUGGAAAACACGCUGCCCAAGAUCCCGUUGUUGCCAAGUCAGAUUCCACUCACACAACGACAUCGCCGCCAGCAGCUUUUGGUGGAUACUCGCCUCUUUCAUCUCCGGCUUCUCCUCCACCGUCGCGAGAUGGUAUCGCUAAGUUAUAAUGCGACCGUUGGACUGCUGUGCGGAAACUUGGCCACAAAUAUCGUUCGGCGACUGGAAGAACACCGUCUCGAGAUCAAUCAGCCUAGCUCCUUUCGAUUCCACCUUGCAACGACCCUUGGAGGGGCAAUUCUGAUACUGGCGACCCUACUGUGUCGAGAUUUGACCACGAUCGGCUUGCAAGACCGUCAUGCAAUCUUUAGCAAGAGUUUCCACACUGCCGUGGAAAUGUUGAAAGAGCUGGCACAGGUUCUCCGCGCGGCCCGUCGCAUUGCUGACGAUCUGGACACCGUGGUGAAUUCUGUAACGUCGAUACUCCUGCGUUCCAGCUUUUCUCCUCAGAACAAUAUUGGACAACUUCCUGAAGGGACCUUUGACAACUUUUUCCCACACACUGAUGCUGAUGUUGCAAACCUGGGUCAGCUUCCAGAGUCGGGCGUCUCCGAAAUGGGUGGCCAGACAGUCGAAUCGACGUUCAACUACGAUAUCUUUGCAACUUUGGACAGUUGGGACAGCUACUUCCAGGCGAAUACAGGCGAUCCCGGAGUUCCGUGGAUCUGAGUGUUCGAGCUAUAAAUGACCAUGUCUGCGCAAGCAGAAAUUAACUGUCUAUGGCAAGCCGACCCGCCAGUCUGCUCCAUCGCCAUUGAGACCAAAUCUCGUGCUACCCAUGUCUUUCACAGUUGUCCGUCUCAUAUCUCGAGGAUAUAUCCCUUCAUACGAGCCACCAGUAGCCCGAUGAAGGACUGCAGUGUUAUCCCAAAUGAUCAUGUCACCGUUUUGAACCCAUUCGGCGGUAUACCUGUACUUGGGCUGCGAAACGUGAGCAAGCAGCUCAUCGAUUAGAGCCGUACUUUCUUCUCGAUCCUUUCCCUCGAUAUGAUGGACAUAUGAAGCAAUGUACAGAUUCUGAAUGAACAUCAGAGCGAGAUAACCGAUACCAGGGAUUGACUACUCACCAUUCUACCGCUCCACUCGUGCUGUUGGGCAAGUCGGUGUCGACUCAAGGGCAGUUUUUCCGGGUCAGUGUCCUUGAAAUAUUCCGGGACUGCUUUCUUUCGAGAAUGGAACAGAGAAUGCGCAGCUACGAGGCCCUCCAGUUUUUUCUUCAUAUCUUCGGGCAGAUCGUCGUACGCGGUUCGAGAAUCUGCAAACUAGAUUGUCUCAGGUGUCAGCUACAAGCUCCGCGCCCAACACUCGGAGACGUACCUCCGUGUGCCCACCAGUGCCUUGCGGGGGAAUCUUGUGCGCUAACAAUAGCGAAUGGCCUGCACGUCGACCAUUGAAGGAGGAGUCUGUGUGGAACAUCUCAUUGGCCUGGUCCAGGUCAGAAGCCACCAAUACUCCUCGGCUAUUGCGAUCGUACCUUGUUUCCGAUGACUUGUGCAGCUGUCAAAGGGGCAACUUCGCCUGUAAGUGGAUCGAUGUUGC